CCUUAUUGUAGCAUCAACAAGAACGAGAAGAGAUCAAUCGGUGAAAUGGAACAAGAGUUUCUCCAAGCGAUGCAAUCAUUCUAUUACGAAGGCAAAGCUACUAUGUCUAACGAAGAGUUUGAUAACCUUAAAGAAGAGUUGAUGUGGGAAGGAAGCAGUGUUGUCAUGCUAAGUUCUGAUGAACAAAGGUUCCUUGAAGCUUCAAUGGCUUAUGUGUCUGGCAAUCCAAUCAUGAGUGAUGAAGAAUACGACAAGCUGAAAAUGAAACUAAAGAUGGACGGAAGUGAAAUUGUGUGCGAGGGUCCAAGAUGCAGUCUCCGUAGUAAAAAGGUUUACAGUGAUCUCGCCGUAGAUUAUUUCAAAAUGUUCUUGUUGAAUGUACCAGCAACCGUUGUUGCUCUCGGACUGUUUUUCUUCCUUGAUGACCUUACGGGUUUUGAAAUCACUUACUUGCUCGAGCUUCCAGAACCAUUCAGUUUCAUUUUCACAUGGUUCGCUGCGGUGCCUGCAAUUGUAUAUCUGGCGCUAUCACUCACCAAGCUGAUCAUCAGAGACUCCUUGAUCUUGAAGGGACCUUGUCCAAACUGUGGAACAGAGAAUACAUCCUUCUUUGGAACAAUACUAUCCAUCUCCAAUGAUGGUUCCACCAACAAUGUAAAAUGCUCCGGAUGUGGAACGGCGAUGGUCUAUGACUCAAGUACUCGUUUGAUCACAUUACCAGAAGGAGGCAAUGCUUAAACCCUAAGGGCCAUGGUUUCAUUCUCAGGGAGAUGUAUGUAAAAUUGAUACCAAUAGAUGAAGAAGGUGGAGAAAUUAAGCAAAAGGGUUGUGUUUGUGUGCUGUUUUCUAUAAUCUUCAGAUGUUUCCAUGUAGCUCUCUUUGACUUGUAUUGUGUGAUGUAAGUAAAUGUGAGGUGAAACCAGAGAAAAAAACACCAUGUCAUUAUUACCUCUUUGGUGAAUUUUGCUCACUAGAAAAUAAAUGGAAAAAAUGGCACAACCAUUUACCUGCAUUUGUGGUUUUUUGUGUGUACGUUACUGUGUUUGUUAUAGUUGCGUAUGUAUCAUAUUAACU